AUGUCCUACGGGUAUCCUGGCCAGGGAGGCUACGGCGCCAACCACGGCGGUUACGGUGGCGGCGGAGGCUAUGAUGCACCUCCCGGCCCGCCGCCUCCCCGCCGCUACCACCAAGAUGAGUACGACGCUCCUCCGGGGCCACCGCCUUCCCGUCCCAGCUAUGGCCGGGACGACUAUGGUGCUCCGCCAGGACCCCCACCACCUCAGAGUUAUGGCGGACGCGAUUACCACCGUCCGCCCCCCGGCCCACCUCCUCCUGAAGCGAACUAUGCUGCUCCUCCCGGGCCGCCACCCUCGAGCGGGGACUACCGUCCUCCCUCUGGUCCUCCCGGCGGGCGAAACUACGGAUAUGGCCAGGCGCCCCCUGACGCCUACCCAGACCGCGCCUACACUCGCCAGUACAGCCCGCCCAACUACCCUCCUCCCUCGGGUCUCGAUGUCUACGGCUAUCCUGUGAACAGGCCCGACAGCAACAGGCCUCGUCAUGGCGGCUACACCGAAGAUUUGGACGGUGAUGAGGAUGAUGGCGUUGACGAGGUUAUCUACCCUGUCGACCAUAAGGAGGCCGGCCACAUUGUUGACGACGAGAUGCAUCGGAUCAUGGUGAAGCCGCUCUUGCCCGGUGUGCGUCUGACCGCCAUCUUCGACUCAUGCCACUCCGGUACUGCUCUCGACCUGCCCUAUGUGUACUCUACCAAGGGAGUCCUGAAGGAGCCUAAUCUGGCCAAGGAAGCAGGACAGGGCCUGCUGAGCGCUGUGACGGCGUAUGCUAGCGGCAACAUGAGUGGAGUGUUCAGCUCGUUGAUGGACUUUGGUAAGAAGGCCAUGAAUGGUGACGAUGCGUACGAGCAAACAAAGCAGACUCGCACAUCGCCUGCCGAUGUCAUCAUGUGGUCCGGCAGCAAGGAUGAUCAGACUUCCGCCGACGCCACGAUCGCCAACAAGGCCACUGGCGCCAUGUCACACGCCUUCAUUUCCGCCCUCAAAGCCAACCCGCAGCAAAGCUACGUUGAGCUGCUCAACAGCAUCAGAGAGAUCCUAGAGGGCUCGUACAGUCAGCUGCCGCAGCUUUCGAGCAGUCACCCUAUGGACACGAACCUUUUGUUCGUUAUGUAA